UCCACAACCUCCAGCUCCCAAGUCACUUCAUCGGCAAGUACACGCAUCAGGAACCAGGAGAGCAGUGCAGUAUUUCGGACACUUCGGACUCAUCGGGGAUCGCAGGAUUUCUAGAUCGAAUUUCGGAGGCCAGGAUUCUUGUGGAGGUGUGCCGCUCAAGGAGAUCGGAGCGUGCAGCGAGGACGUGAAAACCGUCGCCGAUCACACGAGUCCACAGGGGUGUGAGUCCAGCAGUGGUCGUGAAACCGUAGACCCUCCUCCAAAAUGACCAAGCAAUUCCAGCACCUGGUAGCGGCGUUGGCGGCAGUGGUGGUGCUUUGUGCGGUCAUGGGCGCGCAAGUGGACGCUCAAAGCAUUCCUGCGCCGGCUCCCUACAUGCGAGGCUACGCCCCAUCUCAAGCUCCCGCUGCGGUGUACGAUGGCGUUCCCGAGUACGCUCCAAGCUUGGCACCCAGCAACGCCCCCGCGUCCGCUCCAGAGGGGUCGCCCAUGUCUGCUCCGGUGGUGGCUUCUCCGGCGUACGGUCCCAGCUCUGGCUCCCCAUUCCAAUCCCCAGCUGAUGCACCGGGACCCAUGUCGGGAGAAGGUUUCUGAGCUCAGUCAUGUGGAUCUUCUGGCUGAGCGCGUGAAACAUUUUUUGUAGCGACACAUUGUUUGGAACACUCGCAGAUUCAUGAGCAGUUCCAGUAGUGGUAGGUGUAGAUGUAGAUGAAGUGAAGCAUUGGUUGUGGGUUGCCACGUCGAAGUAAAGCAUCGAUUGGCUCCACAGCGGAGCAUGUACAUUGUCGUUCAUUGGGAAGAAGAUUGAAUCAACAUCCGAGAUGAGUUCUCUUUGCA